GGCCGGCCGUGGGCGCGGGGCUCCGGGGUUCGGGGCUCGCCCCCGCUCCGGGCAGGCGUGCCUAUGGCCUUUCUCAGGUGACGCUGCGCUCCCCGACUUUCUCCGGGGGCGGAGGAAACACCCAUGAACCCUUCGGCGACCUUAUUCGCCGGGCGUCAGAACAUCGGGUCGGAAGUUGAGAUUUCCACUAUCGAGAAACAGCGGAAGGAGCUGCAGCUGCUCAUUGGAGAAUUAAAAGAUCGAGAUAAAGAGCUCAAUGAUAUGGUUGCAGUACAUCAGAGACAACUUCUUUCAUGGGAAGAGGAUCGGCAGAAAGUGUUGACUUUGGAAGAACGUUGCAGCAAAUUAGAGGGUGAACUACACAAAAGAACUGAAAUAAUCCGGUCACUCACGAAGAAGGUAAAAACCCUUGAAUCUAAUCAAACUGAAUACCAGGCGGCUCUUCAGAAGACUCAACUACAGCUUCAGGAAAUGGCUCAAAAGGCAACCCAUUCCUCUCUCCUUUCUGAAGACCUUGAGGCUAGAAAUGAAAAUCUCAGCAACACAUUAGUGGAACUUUCUGCUCAGGUAGGACAAUUACAAGCUCGAGAACAGGCUCUCACUACAAUGAUAAAGCUAAAGGACAAAGAUAUUAUCGAGGCCGUCAAUCACAUUGCAGACUGCUCAGGAAAAUUUAAAUUGUUAGAGCAUGCCUUGCGUGACGCUAAGAUGGUGGAGACUUGUAUUGUGAAGGAGAAACAAGAUUACAAGCAGAAAUUGAAGGCACUGAAAAUUGAAGUCAGUAAACUAAAAGAGGAUCUAAAUGAAAAGACAACAGAAAAUAACGAACAACGAGAAGAGAUCAUUCGCCUCAAGCAAGAGAAAAGUUGCCUGCACGAUGAAUUGGUUUUUACUGCACAGAGAGAAAAAAGGAAAGAUGAGUUACUUGAUAUUGCCAAGUCAAAGCAAGAACGUACAGACGCAGAACUACGUAAUCUGAGACAGAUUUAUGUAAAACAACAGAGUGAUCUGCAGUUUCUUAAUUUUAAUGUGGAAAAUUCUCAGGAAUUAUUACAGAUAUAUGACUCAAAGAUGGAGGAAUCAAAGGUUCUGGAAUCCAGCAGAGACAUGUGUUUGUCAGACCUUGAGAAUAACCGCCCAAAAGUCGAUAUUAAGAGAGAGAAAAAUCAGAAGUCACUGGUUAAAGACCCAAAAUUUGAGACCACGUUGGUUCAGCAAAAUAGGUCAGACAAGAGCCCUUGUGAUGUAUGCAAAGAGAAGAGACUACAGGUUAAUACUUCAUUUGGGGGGAAAAGUGUAAUUGCUGUCUCAUCUCUAUUUACAAAAGACUUGCUGGAGAAGCAAAAGUCUUGGUCUCUGGGAGGAAAAAUGCCGAUGGAAGCCGAAAACAAAAGUACAUUUUGCAAGAUCCAUGCAAAGUCACCAAAAGGGAACGGGAUAGAGAUUCAGAAUGAAGAGAAACAACUCUUGGAAACAUCAAUGUCCUUAUCUGAUGAGAAACAGUGGCAUGAUGUUAACGUGUACCUGGGCCUGGCCAGCUGUUCUGGGGCAAAACAACCGGAAAAGCUGAAUGUUGAACGUCAAGAUGACAUGGAAAGGUCUGGAGUCUCCUGUUGCCAUAAAAAUGAAGCCUGUUUGGGGGAAAGUGACAUAUGGGAAUCCAAGUGCUGCCACCCGAGUAACUUCAUAAUCGAGGCACCAGGCCACAUGUCUGACGUGGAAUGGAUGAGUAUUUUCAAGCCUUCCAAAGUGCAAAGAAUCGUUCGCCACAAAUCCGUGUGUACUUGUGCAGAAAGUGCCAGUGGACGGAAAUACAACUCCUCCACGAGUGAGCUGUUUGCCAUCCAGCAUUCCCACUGUUUGGGUGCUUCAAAAUCUGCGGCACGAGAGGAUGAGAGAUUGAUAGAGACAGGGCCCUCUCCUGAUACAAAGAACUCACCUAAGAUUUUGUUAUUCAACAAAGAGGCACCAUUGUCCAAUGAGAAGGUUUGUGUUGUGUUGUCUUCCCAGGACGACUUUUCGCCCACAAGCAAGCUCCAGCGUUUGCUGGCAGAGUCUCGGCAGAUGGUUACGGACCUGGAGUUGAGUACCCUGCUCCCCAUCAGCUCUGAGAGUUUCAACAGCAGUGCCAAUAAUGACCCUGGGGAGAAGUGGCGUUGGUCCAGCUGCCACUUGUUAGCUGCGUCCCAGUGA